AUGGAGGUCGAUAAUACGGAUAUAACGGUCGAAACACUGCCAUUGCUAGGAGUUUGCAACCUAUGUUUGCACGAUGGAGUUGUAAAAAGUAUGCUAAUAAAAUAUGAACACGAUGGAAAUGCAGAAACUUACGUAGAAAUGUUAUUGAAAUGUUUCUCUUUAGAUGUGCUUACAGUGGACUUGGAGGACACAAAACGUCUUAUAUGCAAUGCCUGUAUUGACAAAUUGAGAGAUGCAAUCCAAUUCAGGGAGAAGGUGGAGACAUCUUUAAAGACUUUGGAAGCAACUUUUAAACUGCAACGACAAAGCGAGCUGUCACCCAAGUAUGUGAAGAAAGAGUUGGCAAUUGAGGAUCUGAUACGGGACAGUUGCGGAAUCGACUCUGACGAUGAUCACAUGGAACGAAGCGAGCUGUCACCCAAGAAUGUGAAGAAAGAGUUGGCAAUUGAGGAUCUGAUACGAGACAGUUGCGGAAUCGACUCUGACGAUGAUCACAUGGGUGCAAUAGAGGGCGCAGUGUAUGGGGUCAAGCAGGAGUAUCUGGAUUUGGCACAGGAUGUCACAGAUGCCACCAUGAUCAUAAAGGAAGAAGAUUUAAAGGCGUACCACCCGAAGAGAACAAAAAGGAAAACCUUAACUAACAAAAAGAAAGUCUCCUACUCCGUAAAGAAGAACGCAGACACUUCGGAAACAGAGAAGAUGCUGAAAGUCGGGCUGUUCCCGUUUAAAAUAUACAAAGACAGGACCUAUUCCUGCGUAAUAUGUACCGUGAAAUCGACAAACCUUGACGAUAUAAAAUCACACGUAUCAGAUCACAGUUUAUCAAAUUUGCACAUAGCUUUUAAAAAGAUCAGCGCCUCCAAACUGCAAAGGUUUUACAAGGCCUCGAGUAAGUUGAGAUGUAAACUGUGCAAGACGGACCUCUCGGACUACGAAGAGUUAAGGCAGCACAUAGAGAGUUGCGUACGUCUUAAUUCAAGGUGGAACAAGCUGCCCUUCAAGCUGGAGAAGGACCAAGUGGACUGUCCGAUUUGCAAAAAGAAAUUUCUGAACUUCGUCAAUUUAAACACCCAUAUGAACGUGCAUUACCCUAAUUACACCUGCGAGAACUGUGGUAAGAGUUUUGCUUCCAAAGCGAGACUGAGAGGUCACAUGAGGACUCACGAGUUCGGGGACUUCCCUUGUCGAUACUGCGACGCGGUAUUCGAUAAAGCCACGAAGAGAGAGAACCACGUCUCGAAAGAACACAAAUCGGGCCUCCGGUACGCUUGCAAGAGAUGCAACAUAUCUCUGUCCUCCUUCUACACCCGUCAGAAACAUUUAGCAGAGGUGCACAACGAAGAACUAAAGAGAUAUAAAUGCAAAGCCUGCACACAGAGCUACAUAACACCGGGUCAUUUGUCGAGCCACGUCCGUAGAGACCACUUGAACGAGCGGAACCAUAAGUGUGAUAAAUGUGACCUUGCAUUCUAUACUAAGAACGCUCUGAAAAUGCAUAUGAUAAAACAUGAUGGCGAGAGGAUACAUACCUGUCACAUCUGCCAGAAGUCAUAUCAGCGAUUAAAAACAUUGAAGGAGCAUAUGCGCAUCCAUAACAAUGACAAACGUUUCGUCUGCCCUGUUUGUGGGAGGGCGUUCACUCAAAAAUGCACUUUAAAGGGUCAUCUUAAGGUCCACGAGAGGAAGUUUGAUUUGGACGACAGAAUAGUGCAGCCGGUGAUCGAUCCUCCUGUACCUUGUACGGAACGUCCCCUUAACUCUGUUGUCAUAUGUCGCUUAGUUCCGUCAACACCUGGAGACUAA